AGUGAUAGAUUGACUCUUACAAGUUAUACACACACAGCGGCGAAAGAUAACUCGGUUUCGCGUGAUAUAAGGGUCGGUUGAUAUCUUCCUAGUCACAUGAGACUGACUAUCACGCCAGAGUUGGAACUACCAAGCAAGCAAGGGAUGGCAAACGUUAUUCGAAAUCCGGCAACUCCGUACGUGGGUCAUAUUCCUGGAGGAGUAUACGAUGGAUUAGUUAUACAUGUCAGCGGCACGGCCGAGCACCACCAUAACGGAUUUUUGGUGGGCUUACAAUGUGGUGGAAGUAUUGAUCCCCGAAGUGAAUGUGCCCUAGCGUUCAAUCCACGUUUCAAUGAAGGCUCGGUCAUCCGCAACAGUUUGCAAUACGGAUCAUGGGGCGCAGAGGAGAGACACGGUGGUUUCCCUUUCCAUCAAGGGCAACACGUUGAUAUCGCAAUACAUGUCAAGCCGCAUCAUUAUUCGAUCAACGUUAACGGCCGCCACUUCUGCGACUACAACCACCGCGUGCCCAAACACCAGGUGACUCACAUAACAUUGGAGCAAGGCAUUCGAGUCAAUGAGGUCCGUUUCGAAGGAGGUCAUGGGCAUGGACAUCAUCACCAUUCCCCGCAUCACCACCAUCAUGCCCCACACCACGGUCACGGUGGGGGAAUAGGCGCAGCCCUGGGAAAGUUUGCUGGAGCGGUAUUGAGUGAAAUGAUGAAUCCACAUCAUGCACCGAGUUUUCCUGGUUCUAAUCCAAUACAUAAUCCUCCCGUUCCGUUUGUUCAUCAUAUCGGCGGUCUAUAUCCCAACAAGAUGAUUGUCAUCCACGGCAUUCCGUUUCCUAAUCCGUCCAGGUUCACCGUGUACAUCCAACAAGGCAAUCACCAUGAGCCCCACGAAAUUGCGAUGUGCGUGGAUGCCAGAUUUUGGUUCAACAAUGACACCAAUACCAUAGUUCGCAACCACAAGCAGGGAGGCUGGGGUUCCGAGGAGAGGACGGUGCCUUACUUUCCGUUUGCACCGAACGUUCCGUUCGAAAUUAUGAUAUUAGUUGAGCAUCAUCACUUCAAGGUUGCCAUAAACAACCAGCAUAUGUUUGAGUUCCGCCAUCGACUGCAGCCCGUCGCUAAGUACGACACGAUCAGAAUCGACGGCGAUGUGCGUCUGACCCAAGUUCGCUUUCAAGGAUGAGCGCAUUGUACGAUAUCUGAAUAUUUUCUUCAAGAUAAAUGAUUAUUUGUAUAUAAACUCUUUAGUUGCAUCAAUUGCUGUAAUUUGUUAUUUCUGUAAUUAAUUAGUUUGUUCAGUAUCUUAUUAGUUAAUGUAACUAUGCAGUUAUUAUUGGCUGUAAAUCUAUGUAAUGAAAUGGCAGACACUUUUUUGUAAUGUAAGCUACUUAUUUUCAAAAUGUCACCCAAUAUUUCAUUCUGAAUCCAUUCAUUAGUUAAGACUUUUAUAAGGGUCUAUAACGUGCUUAUAAUAACAAAAACAACGGAGUGAUGUACUAAGCGGGAUCCGCGUUCAUCCUUCUUCUUAUGUGAUUCUUUAAACUAGAGCAUGCUAAACUAAGCUCAAAUGAAACAAUAGUUUAAAUUUUGAAAUAAAAACAAAUUAAUUAUUAUGUCACAGCUUAAAAUAUACAGUGUCGUGCUUUUAAUGAGGCAUUGCCGAUUCAAGACGUUAACUAAUUCAUCGAAAGUCAAACUCACUAUAGAUUGUAUGUCAUAUGUGCAAUCAAAACGUUGUAAAACGUGUUUAUCUUUACCAUUUUCAAAAUAAACAUAAUAAAAUGUGUUGAAAACUGUGA